UGAUGACCCCCCUCCUCUCCUCCUCCCCCCUCCUCUCUGUACCGGAGCUUCUCUCCGGUUGAACCGGAUCAUUCGGAGGCUCAGUUUUUGGAUGAAUCUUCAUCCUCCGCCGUGAUGCAGCUCGACACCUUCAACACCUCCUCUACUCCUCUCCCGGUGUCCCUGGACGACGGCUCCUUCUCGUUCCCGGUGAACGGCUCCGGUAACGGCUCGGAGGCGGGCGGCGGGGCUCCGUCCGCGGGCAGCGCGGCUCUGAUCUCGUCCAUCUACUCGGUGGUGUGCCUGGUGGGUCUGGGCGGGAACUCCAUGGUGAUCUACGUGAUCUUCCGGUACGCCAAGAUGAAGACGGCCACCAACCUGUACCUGCUCAACCUGGCGGUGGCGGACGAGCUGCUGAUGCUCAGCGUCCCGUUCGUCGUCACCGCCGCGCUGCUCCGCCGGUGGCCGUUCGGCGCCGCGCUGUGCCGCGUCGUGCUCAGCGUGGACGCCAUCAACAUGUUCACGAGCAUCUACUGCCUCACGGUGCUCAGCGUGGACCGCUACAUCGCCGUGGUGCACCCGCUGCGCGCCUCCCGGUACCGGCGGCCCACCGUGGCCAAGCUGGUGAACGCGUGCGUGUGGCUGUUCUCGCUGCUCGUCAUCCUCCCCAUCAUCCUCUUCUCCUCCACCGCCCCCAACUCCGACGGCUCGGUGGCCUGCAACAUGCAGAUGCCGGAACCGGAGCGGCGCUGGAUGGCGGCGUUCGCGGUCUACGCCUUCCUGAUGGGCUUCCUGCUGCCCGUGCUCGCCAUCUGUCUGUGUUACGCGCUCAUCCUCAGCCAGCUGCGCGCCGUGGCGCUGCGGGCCGGAUGGCAGCAGCGGCGGCGCUCGGAGCGGAAGAUCACGGUGAUGGUGACGGUGGUGGUGUCCGUGUUCGUGCUCUGCUGGAUGCCCUUCCACGUGGUGCAGCUCGUGGGCGUGUUCCUGCAGAGACACGACCCCACGCUGAGCCAGCUGGCCGUGGUGCUCGGGUACGCCAACAGCUGCGCGAACCCGCUGCUCUACGGCUUCCUGUCCGACAACUUCCGGCGCUCCUUCCAGAGGAUCCUGUGUCUGCGCUGGAUGGACGGACCCGAGGAGCCGCUGGACUACCUGGACUACUACAGCACGGCCCUGAAGAGCCGCAGACUCAGCGUGGACCUGGACCUGGAGCCGGAGCCGGACCAGGACCCGGAUCAGGACCGGGUCCAGCAGGAGGACCGGACCAGGACCAUCCAGCAGCUCCAGGACGUAGACUGAUCCCAGCAGAGGUUCUAAAGCAGGGACCUUCAGACUCUCAGGCUACUUUAAAAACAGCUCAGUGCUGAUUAUUGAUCAUCCAUCAAUACUGAAGUGUUGUGACCUCACCUGUGACCUCACCUGAGCAGCUGAUAGAGACACGUGACAGCACCGAGGGCUCCUAUUGGCUGAAGGUGACUCAGCCAUCCAAAGACCAACAGUGAACCUCAGAACUUCCGGUGUCCUUAAACGCACUGCAGACUGAUUUUCCCUGAUUUUAGUGAAACACCGGAAGUGAACCUGUGACGUUUUCCCGCCAUCAGCAGGUGAAUGUGAUGAUGUCACACUGAGGCUCCGGAGCUUCUUCAGCAUCAUGUGGACGUUAGAAUACUGGAGUCUGGUUCGCUGAUGGAAAACAAGAGAAUCUGUAAAUAAAGAGUUUUAUGAUUCACUGUAAAGCUAAAGGAAACGUUUAUUUUUUUCAGAGGAAACUGUGUUUGAUGUUCUACGUUUUCUGCAGAUCAAUAAAGAAGUGAUUCUAACUUUAA